UCCGGGAGUGAAGGGUGCACCUGUUCUGCGCAUGCGCAGUGGCGCUGAUCGAGUCGCAGUGAUGCCAGAGACCCUCUGGAUGCUCCGUACACGGAUGGGUUUAUCACCGUCUGCUUCUGCCCCGGGCCUUUGAGCGGAUCCGGUUCAAUCUGGGACGAAGGUGUUGUUCUCAGCACGGAAUAACGGGAUCCCGGACCUCGCGCUGAAUGUCAUUAGAAGCGGUUUUCAUCGCGCUACGACGAUCAGGAUUUGAGUCUCGGUGAUGGAGAUUAUAAAGCAUAUAAUCAACGACACGGUUGAGUUCUACAGAUGGAGCCUGACCAUCGCAGACAAGCGUGUGGAGAGAUGGCCGUUGAUGGACUCUCCGCUGCCCACGCUGGCCAUCAGCUCCUCGUACCUGCUCUUCCUCUGGCUCGGGCCCAGGUUCAUGCAGGGCCGAGAGCCCCUCCAGCUGAGGAAGACCCUCAUCCUCUACAACUUCAGCAUGCUCGUCCUCAACUUAUUCAUAUUCAAAGAGCUCUUCCUCGCUGCACGAGCGGCUAACUACAGCUACAUCUGUCAGCCUGUGGACUACUCAGAUGAUCCCAAUGAAGUGAGGGUGGCAGCAGCUCUGUGGUGGUACUUUAUUUCUAAAGGUGUGGAGUACCUCGACACGGUGUUCUUCAUCUUACGCAAGAAGUUCAACCAAAUCAGCUUCCUGCACGUCUAUCACCACUGCACCAUGUUCACUCUGUGGUGGAUCGGCAUCAAAUGGGUCGCUGGUGGACAGUCGUUCUUCGGGGCUCAUAUGAAUGCAGCCAUCCAUGUCCUGAUGUACUUGUAUUAUGGGCUGGCCGCAUUCGGUCCAAAAAUACAGAAAUAUCUGUGGUGGAAGAAGUAUCUGACCAUCAUCCAAAUGGUCCAGUUUCACGUCACCAUCGGCCACACGGCUCUGUCUCUGUACUCCGACUGUCCGUUCCCUAAGUGGAUGCACUGGUGUCUGAUCGGAUACGCCCUCACCUUCAUCAUCCUCUUCGGGAAUUUCUAUUACCAGACGUACCGUCGUCAGCCCCGGCGCGAGACCACGGCCAAACCCAGCAAAGCCCUUCAUAACGGAGCCUACAACGGAGCCCUGAGCUCCAGCAACGGAAAGACGGACGAGAAACCAGCCGCGGCCGAGAGCGGCAGGAGGAGGAGGAAGGGCAGAGCCAAGCGUGAUUAAAACGGCUGACAGGUUAAAGGUCAGGAGCUGUUCACACACCUGUGGUCAAACCCCAAUGGUUACCAACAAACAGUAUGACUGCAGAGAGAGAGAGACACAAGCCUAGAUGUAGAGAGACUGAACAAUAUCUUCCCUCUCCGUCCUCCUUAAAGGGACAGUUCACCCAAAAAAUCAUGUACUCACCCUCAAGUUGUUCCAAACCUGUACGAGUUUCUUUCUUAUGUUACACACACAAAAAAAAGAUGUUUUGAAGAAUGCUAGUAAACAAACAAUUGACAGCAGCCAUUAACUUCCAUAGUACAGAAAAAAAUACUAUGGAAGUAGGGCUGUGCGAUAAAUCGAUAAAGCCAGUUCUGUGAUUAGUAGUAAAUCUCCAUCACGUGCUUUCAGACGGAGCAUUUACUACACAGAGCCAUAGUUCACUGGAAAAAUACGUUGAUAUAAUGAAAACGUUCUGUGAUUUGCGUAGCUUCUCAUCUCAGUUACUAUACGGCUCUGUAGUAAACGCUGCUCCAUCUGAAAAUACCACAUUUACAACAUGUUUUGACUCCCAACUCACUUCACAACGUCAGUCGAGUGUUUGAAAUAAAUCCUUCUGCGAGAUCAUGUGACUCCUUACACUGAAUAAGGCACGCAACAUAUUUCAUACUAUGCUAAAGGCACUGCAUUAUUAUAUACUUUAUUACAAGGAAAGUUCUAAAAACCUUUAUUAGUCAUGUUAAAUCAAUGAAAGCAGUCUUCAGAUGGAGAUUUACUGCUGAUCACAGAAGCGUGCUUCACUGACAGGAUGCGAGCAUGAAUAUCGCAGCUUUUGGCUAAUAUCGAUCGUGAUUUAUCAUGCAGCCCUAUGUGGAAGUCACUGGCUACUGUCAACUGGGUGAAGAGCGUUAAUGAUUAAAGAGUUGUCAUGUUUGGUGAACUGUCCCUUUAAGUUUGGCACAUUAUUUUAUGUGUCUACCCUUUUUACAUCAUUGUCCGAAUGCCAGAAAAGUCCCGCGUCUCAUCAGUGUACGAUGAUUAUAAGAAAGAAUUCAUGAUGGGUUUUUCAUCAUUUUUUAUAAUGAGAUCCAAAAGUCAUCCAGUGAGAUUUCUUGACAUGAAAAGUGUCUCCAGCGUGAUCUGAGAACCAAAACCAUUUGGAAGAUGUGAUCAGUGACACUGAUAGUCACAUAGAAAUCUGAAAUGUUUCAUCUUCAUUUGACAGAUUUUGGACCUCACUGUAUGCCAUGUAAAGCAUAUGUAAGUGUCUGUUUAUCUGAAGCGUUCAUGUUUCUUGUUUCAUUGGUCCUGUGCUUUAAAACACAUCACGCAGCUUCAGCUUCUCUCAGAAAGACCAAUCACUGAGAAUAUACAGUUAUAUUGUGUUGUCUGUUGUUUCAGAACAGUGUUCAGAAUCAGUCAAACCUGCGAUAUGAAUGAUGGGAAAGAUAAACUUCAGUUCAGUGGCUUUGAAACGGAUCUAAUAUCUGCUUCCAUUAUCAGAUGAAUCAGACCAGAACCGAUCAUUUAUUGGCUCGGAUGGAUGUGUUUGAAUUAUCGAGUGUCUCACAGGAUAAAAAGGCUUUUAGUUUGAUUGGGAAAUGACUGCACCUCAUAAACUGAACUAAACAGGAUUGGGAAAUAUGUUUGUAGCUACUGUACUGUAUUGUGCGUUAAUAAAGUCUUAAGCUCCA